AUGUGCUCUGAGUGCGGGAAGAAGUUCAGCAAGAAAGGCAACCUCACCAAGCAUCAGCGCACCCACCGGGACGAGAGGCCGUUCAAGUGCAGCCAGUGCCAGAAGAGCUUCUUUGUGAGGUCCCAGCUCGCCCAGCACGAGAGGAUCCACACGGGGGAGCGGCCGUACAAGUGCGCCGAGUGCGGCAAGCGCUUUACCCAGAAGUCCAACAUCAUCAUCCACCAGAGGAUCCACACGGGGGAGCGGCCCUUUAAAUGUGCUGACUGCGGGAAGAGCUUCAUCGACAAGUCCCAGCUCAUCACGCACCGCCGGACCCACACGGGGGAGCGGCCCUUCGCCUGCAGCGAGUGUGGGAAGGGGUUCCGGCAGAAGAUCACCCUGAUCACGCACCAGAGAAUCCACACCAGGGAGGAGCCCUACACCUGUCCUCAGUGCAGCAAGAGCUUCAGCCAGAAGGCCAACCUCAUGAGGCACCAGCUGAUCCACACGCGGGAGGGGCCGUACAUAUGCACUGAGUGCGGGGAGAGUUACAGUGCCAUCAGGCACCUGAAGAGGCACCAGCUGAGCCAUGCCGGGGAAAGGCCCCACGUGUGCACCAAAUGCGGGAAGAACUUCACCCGCAAAUCAAGCCUCAACAGGCACCAAGAGAUCCACGUCAACGACAGGCCUUAUGCGGUGGUGGUAGCAGAAAACCUCACCGUGGUGUAUGAGAUAAUGCAGGUCCCACUCUAG